GAGGAAAGGAUAGAAAGAGACGAGACAGCCGUCUAACAAAACCUAAUUAUUACGCCAACCACGAAGACUUAAAAAACACAAAAAUUCGGAAGUCGUCUUCCUCAAAAUUCAGAUCGUUCCUUUGAAAACCGGAAUUAGGGUUUCCCAAUCUCCCUGGCUUUCUAUCCUUUUGUUGCAGAUACAGGUAAUUUCUUCAUCGUCUCCACGUGAUGAUAUUGUUAGGCUUUUGAUGUAGGAAAUAUACUUGGAAUCUAUCUAGACUUGGGUCUGUCGCCAAAUCUAAGAAAUAGUUCUGAAGGAUUUUGAUGGGGGCCCUUUUGAGCUUGGCUGGGACUAAGACAAGGACAAACGAGUACGGUGAGAUUUCACAAAUUGAUACCUCUAAAAGGCAGAGAAUGUCAUCAGACUUUGAUGAAGAGAACCCGAGGCUGAUUCCUAGCCUCCCUGACGAGAUAUCAGUUCAGAUUCUUGCAAGACUACCGAGGAUUUGCUAUUUGAGUAUGAGGUUGGUGUCAAGGAGUUGGUGCACUGCCAUUAGGAGUCCUGAAGUCUUUCAAAUUAGAAAAGAACUUGGAACAACAGAAGAAUGGUUGUAUGUGCUGACAAAGGUUGAAGAUGAUAAGCUUCUUUGGCAUGCUUUGGACCCUUUGUCAAAAAAAUGGCAAAGGUUGCCGCCGAUGCCCAAUGUUGUUUAUGAAGAAGAAUCCAAGAGGGGUUUAUCUGGGCUUCGGAUGUGGAAUGUGGUGGGCUCAAGCAUCAAGAUCGCAGACGUGAUAAGAGGCUGGCUUGGGCGGAAGGACUCAUUAGAUCGGAUGCCAUUUUGUGGUUGUGCAAUUGGGGCUGUAGAUGGCUGUCUCUACGUGUUGGGGGGAUUCUCCAGACUUUCAGCCAUGAGUUGUGUCUGGCGAUACGAUCCCUGUGUAAAUAUGUGGAGCGAAGUUACAUCCAUGACCGUUGCUAGGGCUUAUUGUAAGACGGGUAUCUUAAACAACAAGCUUUAUGUUGUUGGAGGUGUGAGUAGGGGAAGAGGUGGGUUGACUCCUCUGCAAUCUGCUGAAGUAUUCGAUCCGCAUACAGGUAUGUGGACCCAGGUACCAAGCAUGCCCUUCUCCAGAGCUCAGGUACUGCCAACUGCAUUUUUAGCUGACAUGCUGAAGCCCAUUGCAACUGGGAUGACUUCAUAUAGGGGAAGGUUGUGCGUGCCCCAGAGUUUAUAUUCGUGGCCAUUUUUCGUUGAUGUUGGUGGGGAAAUUUAUGAUCCUGAGACAAAUUCCUGGGUAGAAAUGCCUACUGGUAUGGGAGAGGGUUGGCCUGCAAGGCAGGCCGGUACAAAGUUGAGUAUAGUAGUAGAUGGGGAAUUAUAUGCACUGGAUCCUUCAAGUUCCUUAGACAGUGGUAAGAUCAAGAUAUAUGACCCACAAGAGGAUGCUUGGAAAGUUGUUGUAGGAAGGGUCCCAAUUCGUGAUUUUACCGAUUCAGAAUCCCCCUAUUUACUUGCAGGCUUCCUUGGGAAGCUUCAUGUCAUCACAAAAGAUUCCAAUGGUGGUGUUGCGGUAUUGCAGGCUGACUUGCAGAAGCAUGCUGGCUCUUUCCCGUCAACUUCGUCAUCUCCUCCGCCCAAGUCCUCACAUGAAACCUCUGAUUCAUUGGCAGAAGCAGAUAUAGAUGUCUGGAAGGUCAUUGCUACUAAGAAUUUUGGAUCAGCUGAACUGGUCAGCUGUCAGGUUCUUGAUAUCUGAUAGUAUAUUAAGCUCAUGGAUGGUGCCUAUUUAUGUGUUUGUUUAUUCAAAAGCUAUUAGGGCAUUGAUAUACCAUCAUCAUUUAUAAGUUUUUAUAAGAUGUUUCUCUCUGCAUUUGAUUUGGAUGGGUUGUAUAUCAACAGUGUUGGAAAGUAUGGAUGAUGCCCUAUGCCCAUGGUGGCAAAGUGAGUAGCAUGGGGGUAAAGAGAGAAGCAUGGAAUCAGUGGUUUUAAUGGUGCUGCGAAUCAUAAAUAUUUCGUCCAGAUGUUUGUGACUUCAUAAUGCAGUCUCACCGUCUCAAGUCUUAUGGAUGCACUUCCUGGAGGCAGUUGCAUCUUCACAAAUGGUCAUCUUAUGGAUAACUUGCAUGCAUUCGAUUACCAUUUAAUUCUGUAACCUAGCUCCUCAGAUAGUUACAGAGUUAGUAUAUAGCUUCUUCUUCUUUUUCUUUUUUUGGCCCCUAUAGGGACAUUGAAGAUGUACUAUUGCUUUCUUUGAUUGAUCUCUUUGUCAAUCUAGAGGGAUGCAUCCUUCCUUUUCUA